UUGGAAAAGAGGAGGUAAAAGGAAACUAUGAUGGCUAUCACGGAAGAAAUGCUGUUAAUUGGCGAGGACACGAUUAUAAGAAUAAACAACGAUCCGGAAAUGAACAUUUACGAAUUGGAUAAUAAUAUAAAUGAAACUUUCAUCUACAAUCAAAGUAACUAUCAUCUGUUUUACAAUGAUUCUAUGUCAGAAGAUUACAUCUUCGAUAGGACCGACGUUAAAGUGAUUUUUAUUUUACUCUACACUGUCGUUUUCGUUUGCUGCCUUUUCGGUAACCUAAUGGUAAUUCUCGUGGUAACGUUUUCCCGUCGCUUACGAAGCAUCACGAAUUUCUUCUUGGCAAAUUUAGCAGUGGCAGACUUUUGCGUCGGUAUAUUUUGCGUCUACCAAACUCUGAUAAAUUAUUUGAUGAAUAGUUGGCGAUUAGGUAACUUUCUUUGCAAAGUUUAUAUGUUCGUUCAUGCACUUUCAUAUACGGCAAGUAUUCUGAUACUGAUGGUUGUAUGCAUCGAGAGAUAUUUGGCAACGGUACACCCAAUGAAAUGUAAAUCGAUGUUAACGAGAAGUCGUUUAAGAGCAGUCAUUGGUAUCAUUUGGAUAAUAGCAGCAUUUUAUGCAUCACCGAGAUUUAUUUAUUUCGAAACAAUAAGCAACGAAUUGAGCGACGGUGACGUUGAUAUCAUCUGCGGACCUAAUAUGAAAAAAUACAAGAAACACGUCAUCGAUGCAGUUAACUUCAUCUUCCUUUAUCUUCUACCACUCGCAUUGAUGUCCUAUCUCUACACUAAAAUUGCUGUACGUCUAUGGAGAAGCGGGGUUGCUCUCGGUGGACCUGGCCUAGUAGCAAAAACUAGGAACGGUAGAGUUCAGCAUAUUCGUACUUCCUGCAGGAACGUUCUUAGAACAAGACGUGGUGUCAUAAGGAUGCUGAUUGCUGUAGUAGUACUUUUCGCACUUUGCAAUUUACCGCAACAAGUUCGCAUAAUUUGGCUACACUGGGGUCCAAAUUACGACCGAACUUCAAAUUUUACAACUCUCCUGACCGUAUCGACUUUCUUGAUAUCUUAUACGAAUUGCUGUUUGAAUCCAUUUCUCUAUGCCUUCCUAUCGCGUAACUUCCGUCAAGGAAUGAGAGAAAUUCCUUGUUGCAAAAGUAAAGGAGAUCGUGCAGCAGGUGGAUUGGCUUUAACUGGUUGUGCUAGUGGGGAAACAACAAGACAAGAAAAUGGGACAAGCGGGAAUCUCAUUCCGCAUAGUUUGCUUGUACGAUUGAGUUCGGUACAAGAGAGUCCUUGUACAACACAUACUAUACCGAGAAGGAAUACCUACGAGAAGAGUACCUAGUAGAAGUGUACCAUUUCAAACACGAAUAUUCAUUAAAUUUAUCUAAUUAAGCUUAAUUAAAUCCAAUUUGAA